AUGACAAUCCCUAUUGAAACGAAAGAACCCCUACUAAGGUCUUUUCAUGAAAUUAUUUUUCAAAAAGGAUGGACUUUUACGGGAUGUGAUCCCCUAGAAAGAGAUCGUCAAUUACUCGUAGAAUUUAAUGUUGUGAUUGAUGAAUUUCUGUCUCUUAGAAAGGAGUUUCGUGAUAUCAUCGCUGACAUCGUUAAUAAGAUGGGAAAUGGUAUGGCUGACUAUGUAAAAGAUGGUGCACACAUACAUGGGGUUACCGUUAAGACCAUUAAAGAUUUUGACAUGUAUUGCUAUUAUGUUGCCGGUUUGAGUGGUCUUGGCCUUACCCGUUUAUUUGUUGCAAGUGGUCUAGAAAGUUCCGAUCUCGCAAGCGAUACUAAUUUGUCAAUUAAUAUGGGUCUAUAUUUACAAAAAACAAACAUACUUCGUGAUUAUUUAGAAGAUCAUCUUCAUGGACGUAAAUAUUGGCCAGAGGAAAUUUGGUCAAUUUAUGUUAAAGAUUCUUCUGAUCUUAAAGAACCUGGUUAUGAAACUGAGGCUCUUGACUGUCUUUCAUCUGUCAUUCUCAAUAUUCUUAAUCAUGUUCCUGUAAACUUAACUUAUAUGAAUAAGCUUCAAAAUAAGUCAGUUUUCAGAUUUUGCUCUAUUCCACAAGUAUGGGCGCUUGCAACUUUGUCAAAAAUGUUUAGAAAUUAUGAAACUUUCCAAAAAAUUGUUAAAAUUAGAAGAGGUGAAGCUGUUAAGUGCACUAGUAUUCAUGAUAUUGCAAAUUUCUAUCUUGAGUAUACUAGAGUAAUCAUCCAUAAAAAUGAUCGUAAAGAUCCUAAUUUUAUGAAGAUUAGUGCUGCUUGUGGGAAGAUUGAACAAUGGUGCACUACCAAUCUUCAAGUUACGAAAGAUUAUAAUAAAACUCUUAAAAAGGAUUGGCUUAAUCAUGAAAAUGACUUAUUAUUAUUUAUUGGAUUUAGUUUAUUGACAUUCACGUAUUGGAAACAAUUUCGUUAUGAUGGUCUCGAAUAUUAG